AUGAUCAAGGACUGUCCUUCUGGUCACCCUAUACGUCAUUUGUGUGCAAUUGUUGUCACAUUUGGCGCUAAACUGAACCCAAACCACAACUGUUUUGAAACAGCAAUGAAUUGCGAGUCUUUGGAUCAGCUCUUGAAUCACUUCCACUCUAAGAUCUCAAUCAUCACUGAUUUGUUUCCUUUGAGUCAAUUGUACGACAAUUACGACCACAAGAAUGAGUGGAAGAGAAACGCUGUCCUCGACUCCAACCACUGGAUCCAAUCGACCGACUCUUCGGACAACUAUUGUCUCGAAUCGGUUCCCAAAAAACCGGAUUUGAAGGAAAUGUCGCAAAUGAUUGUCGAAAUGAAAGCAAUGAUUGCAGACAUUAAGACAAUUGUGAGACAACAGAAGCGCAUAAUCGGUGACCGAAACACCAAAUAUAGCCAUCGAUUGGAUCUAAUGGUCAAACACUGCGAACACAUUAACCACAAUAUCCCCGCUUUUCUCACAAAUAAAGGCAAAGCUAAUGAGGAGAACAAUGAACUGCCGGUUAAGAGACAAACCAAUGGUCACAACAAUAAUCACAAACCGGUUUCCAAAGCGAUGCCUAAGUCUACCAGUAAUGCAAAGCCCGUGAAUACAACGAAACCAAACCCGAAGUCAACGCAAAACCAAACGGCGAGAACUGGUGGCAAGAAAUGUGUGGCCAAAGACACGAGUAUUCCCAGCAUUGCGUUCAUCACAACCGAAGAGUUCGCAACAAUUCCUCAGUAA